CGUGUUAUCUCAGAUGAAGCAUACCUGACAGAAGAUCUCUUUUGGCACUAACCAACAAAGUCACAGAUGCAGCUGGGAACCCAAGUGCUGAAGAUCAGCAGUGGGGUGAGCGUCCCUCCGCCACAUGUCCUCAGAGGGCAGACAAAGUGCUGUCCUGCUUCCUUCCAGGCUCUUCAGAGGACUUCUGCAAGGCUUGGUGCAAUCAUCUGAGAGGUGGACCCAAAGAACUUGCUAGGAGCUUUGCCAAGCUUCCGUUUGUCAAGGUCAGGAGGAAAAUCUUCAAGAGAUGUUUAGAAGGCAGCCUACUUAUGCCAAAUCUCCAGGGCGAACAGAAAGAAUGCCAAAGAUGUUUGUAGUAUGGAUCACCACUCUUCUUCUUCUUCUCAAUGCAGCCAGAGGAAGGCAAGUUUGCUAUGAAAGGCUUGGAUGCUUUACAGAUAUUCCUCCUUGGUCUGGGAUCCCAGGGAGACAACUGGCAGGCUUGCCCAGCUCUCCAGAAGAUGUGAACACCAGUUUCUUCCUUUUCACUAAAGACAACAUCAUUAACUAUCAAAAAAUUUCUGCUACAAAUCCUUCAACUAUAAAAACUACAAAUUUCCGACCACACAGGAAAACUCGCUUUAUCAUACACGGCCACCUUGCUGGACCGGACCUCCCCUGGAUAGCAAAUAUGUGCAGGCUGAUGCUUCUCACUGAAGAUGUGAACUGCAUUUUGGCUGACUGGACAGGUGGCUCCAGUGGCUUGUACACCACAGCCGCUAACAACGUCCGCAUUGUGGGGGCUGAGCUGGUCUAUCUGGUGAACUUUCUUGAGAAAGAUUAUGGCUACUCCCCUGCCAACAUUCAUUUCAUUGGCCAUAGUCUUGGAGCACACGCCGCUGGGGAGGCAGGGAGAAGGAAACCCGGCAUUGGAAGGAUAACAGGUUUGGAUCCAGCUGGGCCCCUUUUCCAGUAUACUCCCACAAUGGUUAGGCUGGAUCCUUCAGAUGCAAAAUUUGUUGAUAUAAUUCAUACUCAUGCUGGUCAUCUGUUCUUUGACUUUGCUCCAGGGAUUCUUCAGACCUGUGGCCACCUGGAUUUUUACCCAAAUGGAGGGAAGAAGAUGCCAGGAUGCAAGCAGCUUCGUGUACCUCCUGCAACUCGGGAUAUCAAUGACCUAAUGAGAGAAUAUCGGUCUAUUGCAUGUGGACAUAAAAGAAGUCUCCGCUAUUAUGCUGAGAGUAUUGUCACUCCCAAUGGAUUUGUUGGGUAUCAGUGCAAAACAUAUCGAGCUUUUGUAUUGGGCAAGUGCUUCCCAUGUCCAAAGGAAGGAUGCCCACUGAUGGGUCAUUAUGCUGAUAGGUUUUCAAAUAAAACUGAAAAAGAAGAGCAAAAGAUUUAUUUGAACACAGGGGCCUGCCCUCCAUAUGCUCGCUGGAGAAAAGAGAUACAUGUCAGAGUAUCUGCAACAGAAAUCAUGAAGGGAAAUAUAGAUGUAGCCUUGACUGGAACUAAUGGAAUCAGGAAAGAAUAUACAAUUGACAAGGGAACUUUCAAACCAGGCACCACAUACUUGAACUAUAUUGAUACAGAAGUUUCUGGGAACAUUUCAAAAGUUGAGUUUCUCUGGAAAAAGCACGUAGGUCACAGAGGCUACAUGGGAGCUGAGAAAGUCACAAUAAUAUCUGGGGAAAAUGGAAAUGUCCGUGUUCUGUGGCCGUGGGACCGUGCGGCCGAGCACGUGGCAAACCCUGGAGCUUUGCUGAGGCUUGGAGAGGAACGUUAUGCUUAUCCACUGUGGCAACCCUCAGCAUCUGCAAGAGCACAGUUCUUCCACCAGCAACAGGAAACACUCGCCCAGCUCUCUACAAAAGCUCUGCUUCCAAAUUGGUCUUAUCAGCUUUUAUCCAUAUAGAGAAGUUACACUUCCGUGAAUUCCAGUUACAAUGACAGCUAACAAGUAUUUUACUAGUAGCACACUCAUGCAGCGGGAUUAUAUUUCAAGGGGAAAAAUACUAAAACAGAAAAAAAGGUUCCAGCCAGUUCUCCUUCAAAACAUAAUUACCUUAGGAGGAGCACCCAAAAAGAAACAACAACGACAAAGAAAAAAGAAAGAAGAAAAAUAAGAUAAAAAAAAAAGGGUGGGAUAUAAAAAAGGGGGACAGACAGCCAAAUUCUUUAAUAGUGCCUGCUUACUUGUUCACAAAAAAGGACACUUUGACGUUUUCAGGAGCAUCUGAUUCUGUCAGGAGUCCAAGGAAUAAUUUUAAAAAUAAUCUGAACUUGAACGGCAUUGCCUGACAUGUUCUUCCUCGUUGAAGAUCCCAGUCAAACAGUAUUUUAGCAGCACAUCCAAAGACUGCUGGGAGCUGGGACUGUGUACUGAAUUGUACAGUAUACCCUGAGAAACUCCACCACCAAAGCUCACUGUGUGUCAAGCAGUACAGGCCAUGCACAGGAAAAUAUUUGACUAUUGCCUUUUUCCUGGGGAAGUACUGGUUGAUGUGGUCUCUUCAGCUCUGCUGAACACUGGUGGCCUGGGAUUCUCUCUAUACCUGAAACAGGCAUCAUACUUAUCAAAACUAUGUUGCACUAUUGAGGAUGCUCAACUUCCUGGCAGCCUUCAAAGUAACUAUUUUCUCUUUACCAGUGCAGCUGAGUUUUCCACCUCUGCCUUGCCUUUCUGAAGCCACUGAACUCACACCUGAGCUGCAUUGUUUACAUUACUAUAUAGCAUUGUUCCUCCCAAAUUUGGCAGCUUUUUGAUUAUACUGGUUAAUAAAAACAGACUACUAGAAGUUAUCAGCAUCAGCAAAAAUAAGAUAAGACUGGUUUUGUUUCAGUACAAGCUCCACAAAAAAAAUUCCUUGCAGUUUUAAUUGCCCACUGUGCACUAAGAUAUACAGCUAAUUUUUCAAUCUAAUGUGAAGUUUAUCAUUUGACCUCAGAAACCCUGUGUGUGAAUCAUGUUGGGCAAUUCCGUUCUGUCCCAUCCUAACAACUUGCUAUUCUAGAAUACUUCCAGUGAGGUUUACCACAAGAUUCUAAUGAGAUGCAUUACACAAGGCUAAAUGCGAGUGAUGAACAGGUGUGUUUCAAAUUACGCAGCAAUAAUUUUGAGAUGUCAGAAUCCAGUCACCUCUUAUGAAGUUUGCCAGAGGAGCUUGCUUGGGAGGUUUGCAGCAAAGUUGACAAAUCAGCUCUCUAACUCCUCAGACUCACCGCUUCGGUACCCUCAGCAACUCCACCCAUGCGAAAUAGGACCCAGAAACCAUCCCGAGCAGGGAACUCAUCCUCCUCUACCCCUUAAGGAAACUCCUUUGGCAAGACCCCUUCUUGAGUGUGUAGGGACUCCUCUGUUCUAUGCUACACAGGGGAAGUACAAACAACCCCCAAGGUACUUAUACACAUUUAGGAAAUAUCUGUAUCUCAUAAUUAUAUCAUAUUAAAUAUCCUCCAUAAAUCAGGCAUGGCUCUUUGCCCCAGAGUUGCACAAAUAAAGGAGACUCAGGGAGGGGGAAAGGAAGAGUUAUUUUCCCUUUCUUACAGUCAGGAACUAAGACAAAAGAAUUGUAAAUAUUUUUUCCUCGGGGUCAGGAAAAAGCGUUCAGCAGAGCCAGGUCCUGGUUGGAUCAUCGGAUUUGAUGAUAUGAGACAGCAGUGUGAGCAGUGCAAUCCGGGCCAUCGCUUCUCACAAGACAGAUGCAAUGUCCUGUUGAACUCAAAACUUCUUUAUAGACCAUCUCUUCCUGCCUCCCAUGCCUGGUGUGCCACUUCUGGAGUUCUAAAUAUUAAUUUGAUUUUUUAAUGAAUAAUAAAUCACUCUUACUUUAAAAAAAAUACAAGCUUUCAUUUUGUUUCAUUUUAACCUAUUGAUUUCAACAGCAUUCUGACAAAACAUAGCAGCUCAUAUGGGCUGGUCCAGCUCAUUAGAUCACUUAAAAAUAUCGAUUUUUGCACCCAGUCACUUCAGCUAAAAAUAAAAGAUUGCACUAAUUUCUUUCC